UGACAUGGCUAGUAUAUUUUUGGCAGGAUUGGCAGUUGCUGGUGCUGCAAUGGCUGCAAGAGUAGUACUUUCUGCUGCCAAAAGAGUUCCAUUGGGUUCUGCUUCUUCUGCUAGUGGUACUAAGGCUUCCCAAAAGUGGGUAAAAGGAUUCGAACCUGUGAUGACUAGAGAAGAAGCACUGAAAAUACUUGGAUUGAGAGAAGGAGCUACGAAAGAACAGAUAGCUGAAGCACAUAGGAAACUUAUGCGUGUGAACCAUCCCGAUAACGGUGGUAGUACACUGAUAGCUUCCAAGAUUAAUGAAGCAAAGGAUGUAUUACUAGGUAGAAGAACAACAUAUUAUCGUGGUUAUUGAAUACUAUACACAAAUCAACUCCAACAACGAGUCUUUUUCAACCUUCCUCUCUAAUGAGUAUUUAGGAAUUCUAUUGUCAAUAAAGGCAUCCUAUUUUGA